AGAAAAAAAAGCUACUCCUUUUCUUUUUAGUCCCAUUCCUUAAGCCGGUUGGAAUUCAGUCGCUGCCAUGCUUUAGUGUCCUUGAGCAAGUCAUUGACACUUUUCCAGCCUCUUCUACAUCGGUUCUUUUUACCUGAAGCAUCUCAUAUGAAGACACAAUGUUGUGUUGCAUCUCUUCUUCUCAGUGGGCCUGGCCUGGCCCUGUGCUGCUUUCUGCUCUGGAUCUCUCUGCAGCCAGACUCCCUCCACCGGGUGUCAGCCGUCAACCUGCGGCGCUUCAUUGGUUGUGCCGUGCGGGAGUUCACCUUCCUGGCCAGGAAGCCCGGCUGCGGGGGCCUGCACAUCACCACUGACGCCUGCUGGGGGCGCUGUGAGACCUGGGAGAUGACUCUGGUCCACAAGCAAGAAAGCAUUCCAGGACGGAGCGUGUGUCUGGAAUCCCUGUCCGUCAGUAGACAUCACUGCCACCACCAUCUGCAUAUGAGUCAACACCACACAGGAAACCAGCCGGUCGCCCAGAGCUGGAUGGGUGUAUUCUAACGCAAGCUCGGCCUGCCACUUCAUCUUGGGACCCAGUUGAAGCAACUUUUCCUGACAAGCCCGGAGGUUCGACCGGAGGUACUGCCAUCCGUCAC